UUUCUAAUCACAAAUAAAUAUUUUUCCUUAAUUUUACAGCAUUUCAAUUAUAUUUUACCCAAUAUAAAUAUCCUCUCAUUAUCUCAACUUUCAUGAAAGAAUAUCAAACCAGUGAUAUGAUUAUGUAAGCUCAGAAUUUAAUACAUUUCUUUAAAAGAUUGAUAAAAACUUUUAUUACAACAUCACCAUAUCAACAUCAUACAAACAUGUGUUAUUUAAUCUGCUAUAUCAGAACCUGUCAAAUGUUUAAUUUCACCGCUUAUUUUGACCACAGCUACAGUGUAACAUGUCCAAAGAAACCAAUUAAUGAAUGUUCAAAAGCCAAACUAGGCCAUAGGUUGUGUUGCACAACCUCUGUGACGUUUAUUGCUUGUGGUGCCCUUGGAUCCCGGAGUCGGUUUGUGGCCCUUGAGCUCUUCUGCGCAGCGGGAUCAGGACAGGAGUGAAAUUCGGGGGUUCGGAAGCAAGAGCUACUGUUUCUCUCAGUGAAGGAGUAUCGACAACUGCACUAGUCAUGGUGUUCUUCUGCGCGGAUCUGCUGUGCUGCUGCUGCUGGUCUCUGGUCGUUCUCGCGCUCAUCGCCGCGGUCCGAUUCUUCCGAGACUCCCGUCAGAUCACCGGCAUCCACGAGAAACACGUCCUGGUGACGGGCUGCGAUAGCGGCUUCGGACACCUGGCGGCGCGGCAGCUCGACCGGCGGGGGUUUCACGUGCUCGCCGCGUGUCUCACGGAACCUGGUGCCUCCAGACUGCGCGCGUCCGCCUCCCCCAGACUCAAGACGCUUCUGCUCGAUGUUACCGACAGCGCGAGCGUCGAUCGAGCGCUGGAGCGCGUGCGCAGCGAGACCGGGGAGAGAGGUCUGUGGGGUUUGGUGAACAACGCUGGCAUCUCGGUCCCCAUCGGCCCCAUGGAGUGGAUGCAGCUGGAGGACUUUAAGAAGGUUCUGGAUGUAAACCUCAUCGGUCUCAUCGAGGUGACCCUGAAGUUUCUUCCUCUGCUGAAGAAGGCCCGUGGUCGGGUGGUGAACGUGGCCAGCAUACUGGGCAGAGUCUCACUCAUCGGGGGAGGAUAUUGUCUCACUAAAUAUGGUGUGGAAGCCUUCUCUGAUAGCUUGAGGAGGGAUAUGAUGCACUUUGGAGUGAAUGUAAGUAUCAUUGAACCAGGCUUCUUCAAGACACAAGUAACCGAUCUGAGCCUCAUUGAAGAUGAUCUGAAGAAACGGUGGAGCAACCUCCCAGCAGAGGUCAGGAGAGCCUACGGAGACUCAUACCUGCAGGACUAUAUAAAGGUGCAGGAGUUCUCCAUGAAGAUUCUGGCCAGUAGUGACCUUUCCAAAGUGACGUCAUGCAUGCAACACGCUCUUUCAGCACGUUAUCCCCGAACACGCUACAGUGCAGGCUGGGACGCCAAGUUCUUCUGGAUUCCCCUCUCGUAUCUGCCGACAUGCAUAGCAGACAUCUUCACUAACAUUAUAAUGCCUUCCACGAACAAGAGCUGAACAUUGCUACAAAAAACUACUGAAAACAGCAUUGAUAUGGACGAUGUGCACCAAGCCCUGGAAAAGCUCAGAAGUCUCUCUCAGGAAGAAAGGACGGAAGCAGAAGUGCUGCGAUCAAGAAUUGAUGAGCAGUCCACUCUCAUCUGCAUCCUGAAACAGAGAGCAGACGAGAUGCUUCUGCGAUGUCAGGCUCUGGAGAAGAUCAACGCAGAGCUGGAGAACCUGAGAGCCAAUGUGCAGCUGGAGCUGGAGAACGAGAGGAAGAAAUCUGAACUGCUGGAGCAGAGAUUCAUGCACCUGGCCUCCAACCACCGAGAGCUGAUCAACUUCAAGAACGAGUACAAGAGCCAGAACGUGAAGCUGGAGAAGGAGAACGAGAGACUCCGAAAGGAAAAUGAAACGCUUUUCAGUGAGGAAGUGCAAGAAAAAGAGAAGACCAUCCUCAAACUGACUCAAGAGCUCAAGGACUUGGCAGAGCAACAUAAGAGACUAGAAACAGAGUAUCAGGAGAAAACAACAGGUUUCCAGAUUAAACUGAAAGAGCUGAUCAACCUCCAUCAGAUUAAAGAGGCGUCGCUGAAGAACGAGCUGAGCGACACACAGAAACAGCUGAAGAAUGCUGUGGAGAUGUGUGCAGAGUUGGAUUUCAAACUAAGACAAACUCAGGAAAAAGAGUCAAUGAGAGAGACGGACAGUCAAGAGAGACUGGAGAAACUCGUGAAGGAAAAGGAUGAUCUUAUUGAUCUCUCAAUGCAGCGUGGGAAAAUUAUCCUGGACAAGCAAGCUGAAAUUCAGGAGCUGGCUCGGAAAAGACAAGAAGCUGAGAACGCCAGACUAGAUGCAGAAAACCGGUUUGAAAAGGAAGCAGCCGCUGUGAACCGUGAAUUAAAAGUGAAGGAACUACAGGACGCCUUAGAGAAGGCAGAGGACACCUGCAAUGAGCUCAAAAAGGAGUUUGAGGCAUAUAAAAAGCACAGCAGUGGACUGCUUGAGAAGGAGAAGGAGUUAAACUGCAAACUUCGGCACAUGAUCAUCUGAGCCAUCCAUCCCUUUCCAUCAUCAUCAUCAAACCAUCAUCAAAAUCAGCCAUGAUAUAGUGAAAACCAUUGGCUCAUCACAUAUGGGGCAGUUUUAUAAAAUGAACCAGAAGACAAAGCUGAAAUGAGGUUUCUCUGAAGAGAAUGUCUUCCGUCAGUAGGUGCAGUUUAAAGUAUUCCUGCAGGGGAGUUUGAUAGUUUGCAAAUAGGUUGGUUUUGGCUAAACUGUGACUUUUAUAAAUAAAAAUAGCAUUUUUAAACUUCAGCUGUUGUUUAUUGUUGACUGUCAAUGGCUCUGUCAUGAUUAUCAGAAAAUCACCUGAUUUUGAUCACACUUGGAUAAACUCUGAUCUUUGUGAGCUUUAAAUUGAAGUCAAAUAUUGCCUUUCAAAUAAGGGAUGUUUUUUAAACUAAUUUGAAAAUGUAGGUUUAAAAUUUAUUUUGCUCUUUCCACUAAGUUGAAUAUAUCAAAUGAUGCUUAUCAGAUAAUUCAGGAUUUUAAGACCAAGUAAAGAAAAUUUAAGGAAUUAUUUUAAUGGAACACAAUUCAUCAACAUUAAU